AUGAGCGGGAAACGUUCACGUAGCUUUAAAUGUGCAGUUCAUCAUCGUGAUCGCGAGGUUUGUUCCGAAAAUGACUUCCAUCUUGUACUAGAAGAACCGCCAUUCUUUAAGAAAAUGGUGCACGUCGUUGCCAUGGAAAUACUGCCCGAAGAACGUGAUCGCAAAUAUUAUGCCGAUCGUUAUUCAUGUUGUCCCCCGCCUUUAUUCAUUAUACUAAUGACAAUCAUAGAGCUCUGCUUUUUCGCCUAUCACACACUCAGCAUUGGCGAAGCGGAACCAGCGGGCCCAGUUCCAAUCGAUUCCUUCUUCAUCUACCGUCCCGAUAAACGCCUUGAAGUGUGGCGUUUCAUAUUGUAUAUGGUAUUACAUGCCGGUUGGUUUCAUCUUGGCUUUAACCUCUGUGUUCAAUUACUUUUCGGCUUACCGCUAGAGAUGGUGCAUGGAUCGGGGCGAAUCGCUUGUAUAUACUUUUCCGGUGUAUUGGCGGGUUCAUUAGGCACCAGCAUAUUUGAUCCCGAAGUGUACCUGGUUGGAGCUAGCGGCGGCGUAUACGCACUACUGGCGGCACACUUGGCCAAUGUGAUGUUAAAUUUUCAUCAGAUGCACUAUGGCAUACUGCGAUUGAUAGCCAUUUUGAUGUUCG